GAUUUGUUCUGGGAGGCGCAUUUGGUGUCUUCACAGCUGGCAUCGACACCAACGUUGGGUUCGAUCCCAAGGAUCCAUAUCGCACGCCAACCGCAAAAGAGGUCCUGAAAGAUAUGGGGCAGCGAGGCAUAUCCUACGGAAAGAACUUCGCCAUUGUGGGUGCCAUGUUCUCCUGCACCGAAUGCGUGGUAGAAUCUUAUCGUGGAAAGUCAGACUGGAAGAAUAGUGUUAUUAGCGGCUGCAUCACAGGAGGAGCAAUCGGCUUCAGAGCUGGUUUGAAGGCAGGGGUUAUCGGCUGUGGUGGAUUUGCCGCUUUCUCCGCCGCGAUUGAUUACUAUCUACAGUAACAGUGGGAUCCCUUGGGAGCCAGUUUCCCUUUUGUUCCAGUGCUGCUGCUGAGAGCCUGCAUCAUGGCAGAAGAACCAUCAGGCUUACCUUUCCACUGCCUUUGGAGUCCUGAUCAGCGCAAGCUGGAUGGUGUUGGCUGCUUUUCCUGAAUGACUAACAAUAAUCUGGCUCUGAGCCCUGGCGUGCUGCUUCAGGCAGACUUGCUGGAGCAUGUGAGGAUGGAGCCAGGCACAGCGAGCAGUAUCUCCAGGAUGGAUCAGCUGACUGUCAGUUUCCAGGAAAUAAGCCUGGACUCUGAGUUUUUUCAAUCCUUUGGGUCUGAUUUUGAUUAAGUCUGUUGCUAGCAUCAAAAGAGGCAGGAGGACAAUCUUCAAAAAGAAAUGCAGUGAUUUAGGUUACCGUGUAUUUGAACGUGCUGCAAGUGUUUAACAGUUACCAGUUUGCAGCUUGCUACUCUGUUGGGGAGAGGUAAGAUCCUGUGGAGAAAUAGUUUGUUCCAGGCUUUUCUUAAAAUACCAGCUGAAAACAAACCACCAUCUGUACAACUUGUCUUAUUUCAAGUACAGAGAUGAGAGCCAAAUUUCUUUACCAUGUCUUAAAGGGAAAAGCAAAAAGGAAUCCUUAGCCUUAGAACCGUGUGGUUACUGGCAGAUGAACAAAACAGUUUAAGGGGGAAAAAAAAGAGGUUAUUGCAAAGUAUAAUUCUCUGUAGCCACUUGGCUAGCCUGAUUUAACCUCACUGUGGGAGUACAAGUAAUCUUGCUACUGCUUUAACUGCCACAGGCUCACACCAUUAGUUCCAGCAGUUUGAUGGUAAGACUAGAAAGUAGAGUUGUGGGAAUAAACCACUGUUAGACAGA